ACAGGAGAGGCAGAAGGCAGAAGAUGAGUGGGCGAAAUACCUCAUAAAAACUCUGGAGGAAGAAAUCGCUGAGCUACGGAAGGAAAGCACUGAGCUGGAGCAGCUCUCACUCACUGAGGACCCCCUGCUCCUCCUACAGAGCCAUCCUCCGCUUGGCGUGUCUCUGUCCACUAAGAAGUGGUCCAGGGUCCAUGUUCACACAGACCUGUGUGUGGGGACUGUGAGGAGAGCUUGGGCUCAGAUAGAGGAGACAAUCAAGAUGGAGGUCAAAUCAUUCACCGACACAGAGCUGAAGAGAAUGCAGAGAUUCAAAGAGGAUGUUAAGAUGGACGUCAACACCGCAAGCUGCAGACUGAAACUCUCUGGGAGGGAAAAAGAUCAAAUAUGCCAAAGUGUCCCAGGUGUUACCUGAGCAGUCAGAGAGGUUCACCUUCUACUCAGCCGUUUUGGGGGAGAAGGGCUUCAACUCCGGACGCCAUUACUGGGAGUUUGCGGUCGGCGCGUAUGGGCGGUGGGAGGUCGGCGUUGCCACGGAAAAGGUCAACAGGAAGGACGCGGUCGCGAAGAACUCCAAAAAUGGCUUCUUUGCUCUCUCAAAGAGUGGAUUCUGGGAGUUUGAGGCUCUUUCCUCGCCCUCGACCACCCUCCACCUCACCCCCAAGCCCAGACAGGUGGGCGUGGAUGUGGACUAUGAGAAGGGGCAGGUGUCUUUUUACGAUGUUACCAUGAUGACGUCCCACAUCUUCUCAUUUUUUGGACAAUCCUUCACCGGGAAACUGUACCCUUACUUCUACCUUUACAGUAUGGCCAGGAAAUCCGAAUCACUGGUCCUUAGCUGAAAGACAUGCGACAGGUGCUACUGUCCCUUUAAGACAAGGGAAAUUGCUGAGUCCAGGCAGAAAGUGCCUGAUAGGCCAGCUCUUAUCUGGUGUGGUGAGCUCAAGUCGUCUUAUGUUGCUUGGUGUCCUGGAUGCUGGUCCCUCUGCUAUGGUGUAGUUCCACUGCACACUCUUCUAUACUAAGGUUACCAAGUUACAUGCAUCGCCUCAUGACUGACUUCCCUUGUGAUUUACUGAUCUAUUAAACUUACACACUUCUCAAGUACAGAGAAUCUUGUGCAGCUCCUGAAUGUCAAGCUGAAAGAGAGUCAAAGGCAAAAUGUUUUGCAGUUAGUACGUCUCUAUAUGCGUGCCCUUUUGGGGCUCUGUUGAAAAGUAUGCUAAGUGUUUCUAAACAAAACGGUGAGGAAAUGCAUCCGUGUGCGUCAUGUUUAUGAGACAAAGUUUAUGAGAACAAGCAGGCCAGAGUUAGAAACCGUGCUGUGUCCAUAGUCCAGAAGAACCGCCUCUUUUUACUAGAUAGUCAAGACAAGGAGUGCUCAGGCCCGUAUGGGAGGGCAGUCCUCUAACCAGUCAGCCUUCUGAAAACACACUCUUGUUGAGACUAUCCAGGACUGGUACCUGGUCUUUAGUAGGACACAGGUAAGUGGACCUUUAUUCUUUGUAUUACCAGGUUUUACCAGUCAAUUACAAAAUAUUAUUUGUACAAUACGGCCUGUCACCAGAGAAAGGCCUUUGUAGGGAAAGGGGGAAAUUUCUGGGAAAUUAAGAUUAGAACAAAUAGAACAAAACAACAGAAAAUAUGGACCAACCUGUUAUUUUCUAAAUGAGAACUUGUAGAAACGUGUCAAUAUUUAGUCCAAGGUAUUUGAAUACACAUCGAAGGGUUGUCAUAGGCUCAGCCAAGAUGUUCUGCAUUUAACUGUUUGUUGUGGUUGAGAUAUAUCGUAGACUGAAGAGAGUUUCUAGAUUUUUUUGUGUUUGUGUCCAGUCAACAGGACACCAACAGAACACAUGGUACAUGAACCAAUACAAUGUGAUAAUGAUUGUUCAGAUUCUGGCCAAAGGAUCAGAUUAAAGUUAGAAAAGAACGGAUGUACAUUUUAUGCUGGCUUUUGAAGGGUUAAACGGAGCAUUUCCUCGUACGGCAAAGUCAUCUUGAUCACAUGUUUUAUGGUAACACUUAUGACGUUGCUCUUGCAACAUUUCCAAUCCAGAGUAACAGUAAAUGAUAAAACCGCCAGCCAAACUUGAACCCAUUCAGGAUGUUCCUCAAAGAUCAAAGGCUGCUCGCGUCAAUAUAAGUUGCGCAACGGCCCGCGCUUUAACCCCAUCUCGUCCUCCAGCAGUCAUGUCUGACGGUGGGCCACUUCCAUGCUGCAUCUGCCUGAACGCGUUCACGAGCCCGGUGUCCAUCCCCUGCGGUCACCGCUUCUGCCUGGCCUGCAUCGGAGAGUACUGGAGGCUCCACCCAGUGUGUCAGUGCCCCCUCUGCAAGGCCAUCUUCCCCACCAGACCCCAACUCUCCCCGGUGCACACGACCCAGGGAGACGCCACCCGACCUGGGGCCUCGGCGUCCGGCUCGCCCCCCCCGAGGCCCGGAGAGGUGCCGUGUGACGUCUGCGCGGGGAGACGUCGAGCGGCCGUCAAGUCCUGCUUGGUGUGCCUGGAGUGUUACUGCGAGGCCCACCUGGAUCCUCACUACCGGGAUGCCGCUCUCUGGCGCCACCAGCUGGUGUCGGUGUGGAAGGACCUGGAGGAGGCCGUGUGCAGGGUGCACGGCAGGAGGCUGGACCGCUUCUGUCGGAGCGAUCAGACCUGCGUCUGUGCCAUGUGCGCUCGGGAAGACCACAGGGGGCAUCGGGUGGUGUCCGUCGCCAAGGAAGCCGUGGGGAAAAAGGUAAAUCUCAAGAGAUCCAUGUCGAGGGUUCAUCAGGUGAUCCAGGAGCACCAGAAGAAGGUGGAGGAGAUCAAGCAGUCCCUGGAGGACGCCAGCAGGGGGGGGCAGGUGGCCAGGAGACAGGGCGAGGGACUCGUCAAAGACCUGGAGCAGGAGGUCGCAGAGCUUCAGAGGAGAAGCACUGAACUGGAGCAGCUCUCACACACUGAGGACCCCCUCCACCUUCUACAGAGAUUUCCGUCGUUUUCCUCUCCUCCGCACGUCAAGGACUGGUCUCUCUCCAUCAAGUCUCUGUUUCAAGACCUGCGGGAGAAGCUAGAGAUAUCCUGACAGCACAGAGAUGAACUCUGUGAGAUGAACUGUGAGUCAGAUGGCUGAACGGUUAGGGAAUAGGGCUAUUAAUCAGAAGGUUGCUGGUUCGAUUCCUGGCCGUGCAAAAUGACGUUGUGUCCUUGGGCAAGGCACUUCACCCUACUUGCCUCGGGGGGAAUGUCCCUGUACUUACUGUAAGUCGCCAUGGAUAAGAGUGUCUGCUAAAUGACUAAAUGUAAACUCUGUAAAUGUGUAUGUAAAUGUCUAUUCUAUGGAAUACGGAAGUGCUAGUAUAGUAUAAUGUUUUAUUUUGCAUAGAGACAUCUUUUUUCAUAACUGCACUGUAUGUGAAUGUGGAAUCGGUGUUGAAAAUGUUGCCAAUGUUAAGAAUAGUCUAUCUGUUUAUCCUAUUUAUUGGUUAGCACUGGGUUUUGAUACUUUGAACCUUACUACCUCCUGUGAAUGAAUGUGAUUUAUGCAAUAUUAAUAAAAAUCUUGAUUUG